AAAAAGUGUAAACCUCUCGGAGACCGAGAGAGAGAGAGAGAGGGAGCGAAGACGACAUGACAGAGAGAAGCCCGAGACGGCUAAGGGGUCACAAGGCCACAGCCACGUGCUGCAUCUCCUCGCGUGACCGGCCUGGCCUCGUCGUCACUUCCGGCGAGGAUGGUUGCAUUUGCUGGUUUGAUAUGCGAUGCAAAGAUGUGCAACUUAUCAUGGAUGUUGGGGAGGAACCCAUUUCAUCAUUAUGUUUCAAGUCAGGGAAUGAAGAUGUCAUUUACAUUUCUUCAGGAAAAGAAGUCAAGUGUUUUGAUGUACAUAUGGUCGCCUCAUGGAAGCCACUGGAGAGUUAUACUUAUAAUAAAGAGGAGAUAAAUCAGCUAAUAUGCAACUCUAAGUCUUCUUUUCUUGCUGCUGCAGACGACAGCGGAGAAAUUAAGAUCAUUGACGUUCACCAGCAUUGCCUUUAUAAAACAUUAAGAUCUGGCCAUACAAGUAUCUGUAGCAGUGUGCAGUUCCUUCCUUGGAGACCUUGGGAAGUUAUUACUGGAGGUCUUGAUGCGAAACUUGUUAUGUGGGACUUCUCCAAAGGGCGCCCGUACAAAAUUUUGGAUUUUAGUUUGCCUGACAUGAAGAGUAGUGGUAGUACGGGACAAUGUUUUAAUCCUGCCUUUGUUCAUGCGCUAGCAGUUCCAGAAGCAGAUAUGUUAGACAAAUUAGACAAGCUGUGUGUUGUCGCAAGGGGUGAUGGUGCUGUUGAUGUGAUUAAUAUUGACUUGGAACUUGCCGCAAUGAAGUCAAAAAGCUCCACAAAACUCCGGAAAGGAUCUCAAUCACGAUUAAAAGAUGGUAGUCCAAGUGCUGAUGUAGGAAACCUAGAUCAAAAUAGAAAACAGAGGUUGCAUUUGGAUUACUCAUUGGGUGGGCAUACUGCUGCAGUCUCUUGUGUGGCAUUUUCAUUGUUUGGGGAAAGAGGGAAAUUCAUAAUAUCAGGAGGGAACGAUAAAUCUGUGAAGGUCUGGGAUUGGUCCACCUAUCUUGAUGCAAGGGAAGCUAAUGGCAACAGCGAGCCACCUUUGAACAUCAAUCUCAGCAAAAAAGUCAAUUGGCUGUGUACCACUCCAACUGAAUCAGAAAACCUCGUUGUUUGUGAUACAACAAAAGUGGUAAAGGUCUACUCCGUAUCAUAGGCAAAAGCUACACAUUGGAUCUUACCAAUCAAGUUGAUUAAAGAGCCUAUUGCAACUGCCUGUUUGAGGACACAGCGGUGGGGAAUAGGAUCUUUCUAUUUCAUGCCAAGACGUACACAGCUAGCCAAUAUGAUGGAGUCUGGCGUUCCUCUUUGCAACUCUUGCGGCGAGCAAGUGGGUGUCGGUGCCAAUGGGGAUGUGUUUGUUGCUUGCCAUGAGUGCAAUUUCUCCAUUUGCAGGGCUUGCGUUGAUUUUGAGAUCAAGGAAGGCCGGAAAGCAUGCUUGCGGUGCGCUGCUCCAUACGAUGACAACUCGGUCGACGAUGCUGAAGUGAAGGUAUCCGCAGGCAACCGAUCAUCAAUGGCAGCUCAGCUUAAUAAUUCUCAGGAUGUUGGAAUUCAUGCUAGAAAUGUGAGCAGUGUGUCUACGGUUGAUAGUGAACUAAAUGAUGAAUACGGGAAUCCAAUCUGGAAGAACAGAGUGGAGAGUUGGAAGGAUAAGAAGGAUAAGAAGAACAAGAAGAAAAAGGCUCCAACUAAGGCUAAGAUUAAGGCUCAAACGGUGGACCAAAUUCCACCAGAGCAGCAGAUGGAAGGGAAGCAGCUUGCAGAUGCUAUGCAGCCACUUUCAAGUGUUUUUCCAAUUCCAUCCAGCAAACUCACACCAUACAGAUGCGUUAUAAUCAUGCGACUCGUAAUUUUGUGUCUGUUUUUCCAUUACCGAAUAACACAUCCUGUCGAUAGUGCUUUUGGUCUGUGGCUCACCUCUGUGAUAUGUGAGAUCUGGUUUGCUGUUUCUUGGGUGCUGGACCAGUUCCCUAAAUGGUCUCCCAUCGACAGGAUCGCAUACAUCGACGAGCUGUCUGCAAGGUAUGAAAGAGAGGGUGAACUGUCUGAGCUUGCUGCUGUGGAUUUCUUUGUGAGUACAGUCGACCCAUUGAAAGAACCACCACUGAUCACUGGGAAUACUGUGCUUUCCAUCCUUGCCGUGGACUACCCUGUUGAGAAAGUCUCAUGCUAUGUGUCUGAUGAUGGAGCUGCCAUGCUCACAUUUGAAUCUCUUGUUGAAACGGCUGACUUUGCAAGGAAGUGGGUGCCAUUUUGCAAAAAAUUUGCCAUUGAACCACGUGCGCCUGAGUUUUACUUCGCACAGAAGAUUGACUACUUGAGGGAUAAAGUGCAGCCUUCUUUUGUCAAAGAACGUAGAGCCAUGAAGAGAGAUUAUGAAGAGUUUAAAGUACGAGUUAAUGCUUUAGUAGCAAAGGCUCAGAAAACACCUGAAGAAGGCUGGACUAUGGAAGAUGGAACACCUUGGCCGGGAAACAACAGCCGUGACCACCCAGGCAUGAUUCAGGUUUUCCUUGGACAUAGUGGUGCUCAUGACAUAGAGGGAAAUGAACUUCCUCGGCUGGUAUAUGUCUCCAGAGAGAAGAGACCAGGCUACCAACACCACAAGAAAGCUGGUGCUGAAAAUGCUCUGGUUAGAGUGUCUGCAGUUCUCACAAAUGCUCCCUACAUCCUCAACCUUGACUGUGAUCACUACGUCAAUAAUAGCAAGGCAGUUCGUGAGGCCAUGUGUUUCAUGAUGGACCCACAAGUCGGUCGAGAUCUAUGCUACGUGCAGUUUCCUCAGAGGUUUGAUGGCAUUGAUCGCAGCGACAGAUAUGCCAAUCGCAACACUGUUUUCUUUGAUGUUAACAUGAAAGGACUAGAUGGCAUUCAAGGACCAGUUUACGUGGGAACAGGGUGUGUCUUCAAUAGGCAAGCACUGUACGGCUAUGGGCCUCCUUCUUUGCCUAGCUUGCCAAAGGCUUCCUCCUCGUCCUGCUCAUGGUGUGGAUGCUGCUCCUGUUGCUGCCCCUCCAAGAAGCCCUCCAAAGACCCCUCAGAACUAAACCGAGAAGCAAAACGCGACGACCUCGAUGCCGCCAUCUUCAACCUCAGGGAGAUUGAUAAUUAUGAUGAGUAUGAGAGGUCCAUGCUCAUCUCCCAGAAGAGCUUUGAGAAAACUUUUGGCUUGUCUUCCGUGUUUAUCGAGUCUACACUAAUGGAAAAUGGUGGAGUGCCUGAAUCGGUCAACCCAGCGGCAUUGAUCAACGAAGCAAUUCAUGUCAUUAGCUGUGGUUAUGAAGAGAAAACUGCAUGGGGCAAAGAGAUUGGUUGGAUAUAUGGUUCAGUCACUGAGGAUAUUUUAACGGGUUUCAAGAUGCAUUGCCGAGGAUGGAGAUCAGUUUACUGCAUGCCCUUAAGGCCUGCAUUCAAAGGGUCAGCCCCCAUCAAUUUAUCUGAUCGACUGCACCAAGUUCUCCGGUGGGCACUUGGAUCUGUGGAGAUUUUCCUUAGUAGACACUGUCCUCUAUGGUACGGAUUUGCAGGGGGCCGACUCAAAUGGCUUCAAAGACUAGCUUAUACAAACACCAUUGUUUAUCCAUUUACAUCCCUCCCUCUCGUUGCUUAUUGCACAAUCCCAGCGAUCUGCCUUCUCACAGGAAAAUUUAUCAUACCAACGCUUUCCAACAUCGCAAGUGUCCUGUUUCUUGGCCUUUUCAUCUCCAUCAUUGUAACAAGUGUGCUUGAGCUGCGGUGGAGUGGCGUCAGCAUUGAAGACUGGUGGCGUAAUGAGCAGUUCUGGGUUAUUGGAGGUGUUUCAGCCCAUCUAUUUGCUGUCUUCCAAGGAUUUCUGAAGAUGUUGGCUGGUGUUGAUACCAACUUCACUGUGACUGCAAAGGCUGCCGAUGAUGCAGAUUUUGGUGAGCUCUAUAUUAUCAAGUGGACAACACUUUUGAUCCCUCCAACAACACUUAUCAUCGUCAAUAUGGUGGGUGUUGUUGCGGGAUUUUCUGAUGCACUUAAUAAAGGAUAUGAAGCUUGGGGACCACUCUUUGGCAAGGUGUUCUUUGCCUUCUGGGUGAUUCUUCAUCUCUACCCCUUCCUUAAGGGUCUCAUGGGUCGCCAAAACCGAACUCCAACAAUUGUUAUUCUGUGGUCAGUGCUGCUGGCCUCAGUCUUCUCUCUUAUUUGGGUGAAGAUAAAUCCCUUUGUGAGCAACGUUACAACUGUUGCCCAAAGCUGCAUCUCUAUAGAUUGUUAGGUCACUAAAAGGAAGCCUUCCAGAAUUUUCCAACCAUUUUGUUAAAAGUUGAUGACAAUUUGAUUGCCAGUUAUUGAAGUGGGAGCCAUGCUUAGCUCUUUCAUGAAUCUUGAGGCAUAUUGAAGUAAGUUUUGGACAAUAUGUAUUGAUCUCUGCGUUGAUAAUCCGUUUGUAAAAACAUUGCCUUGAAAAAUAUCAAUGUAAAAUGAGGGUUGCUAUUUUCUUCCAUAAA